GCGGCAAGGACAUAGUAGAUAUGUCAGCGUAUCCUGUUGAAAGAAUUAGAAACUUCAGUAUUAUAGCUCAUGUAGAUCAUGGCAAAAGUACACUAGCAGACAGAUUGCUGGAAAUUACAGGAACAAUUUCUAAAACUGACCAUAAUAAACAAGUGCUGGAUAAGCUGCAAGUGGAACGUGAAAGAGGAAUUACAGUUAAAGCUCAAUCUGCAUCUCUCUUUUACAAUCAUGAAGGCAUAAACUACCUCUUAAAUCUUAUUGACACGCCUGGCCAUGUAGAUUUCAGCUAUGAAGUAUCACGGUCACUAUCUGCCUGUCAAGGUGUCAUACUUGUAGUGGAUGCAAAUGAGGGUAUUCAGGCUCAGACAGUGGCAAACUUCUAUCUCGCCUUUGAAGCACAGCUUUCAAUAAUUCCUGUCAUAAAUAAGAUUGACUUGAAAAAUGCCGACCCUGAAAGAGUUGAAAAACAAAUUGAGAAACUGUUUGAUAUCCCUACAGAUGAAUGUAUAAGGAUUUCUGCUAAACAAGGAACAAAUGUUGAAAAAGUUCUUCAAAAGGUCAUUGAGAAGGUCCCACCACCCCAGUGUAAUACUGCUGAUCCAUUGAAAGCCUUAGUAUUUGACUCUACCUUUGACCACUAUCGAGGUGUCAUAGCUAACAUUGCGCUCUUUGGUGGGGAGAUUGCAAAAGGACAGAAAAUUGUGUCUGCACACACAAAGAAAAGAUAUGAAGUUCAUGAAGUCGGAAUUCUGACUCCAAAUGAACAGCCAACACAUAAGCUCUAUGCAGGACAGGUGGGGUACCUGAUUGCUGGAAUGAAAGAAGUAACGGAAGCCCAAAUAGGAGACACACUGUUUUUGUAUAAACAGCCAGUGGAGCCUUUGCCUGGCUUUAAGUCAGCGAAGCCAAUGGUUUUUGCAGGAAUGUAUCCUAUAGAUCAAGGAGAAUAUAAUAAUCUCAAAAGUGCUUUGGAAAGGCUGACAUUGAAUGACUCCAGUGUAACAGUUCAUCGUGACAGUAGCCUUGCCUUAGGAGCUGGAUGGAGAUUGGGUUUCCUUGGUCUUCUACAUAUGGAAGUCUUUAAUCAACGUUUGGAGCAAGAGUAUAACAUGUCUGUUAUUUUGACUGCACCUACAGUUCCAUAUAAAGCUGUUCUUUCCUCAGCGAAGUUGAUAAAGGCAUAUGGAAAAGACCAGAUUACUAUUAUCAACCCUGCUCAGUUUCCUGAUAAACUUUCUGUAUCAGAAUAUUUGGAGCCAACUGUUCUGGGUACUAUUGUAACACCUCAUGAAUAUAUUGGGAAAAUAAUUACCUUGUGCCAGGAUCGUAGGGCAGUCCAGAAGGACAUGUUGUACAUUGAUGAAAACAGGGUUAUGCUAAAAUACCUCUUUCCACUGAAUGAAAUUGUGGUGGAUUUUUAUGAUGCUCUUAAGUCUCUGUCUUCUGGCUAUGCAAGUUUUGAUUAUGAAGAUGCAGGUUACCAAUCAGCAGAUCUAAUCAAAAUGGAUAUUCUUCUAAAUGGAAAUCCAGUUGAAGAACUGGCAACUAUCAUACACAGUGAUAAAGCCCAUGCUGCUGGUAAACUCCUGUGUGAACAUUUAAAAGAGACGGUUCCUAGACAGUUGUUUGACAUAGCCAUCCAGGCUGCCAUUGGCAAGAAAAUCAUUGCAAGAGAAACGCUUAAAGCUUACAGAAAAAAUGUUGUGGCAAAAUGUUAUGGUGGAGACAUUACAAGAAGAAUGAAGCUUUUAAGGAGGCAAGCAGAAGGCAAGAGGCUGAUGAGAAAAAUUGGAAAUGUUGAGGUUCCAAGAGAUGCCUUUAUACGUGUUCUAAAGAGAGAAACUGACAAAUAGAGAUCAGUGACAUCUGAUCUUCCAGAUCAUGUCAACUUUUUGUAGACAGUAUCAAAGUGAGCUAAUAUGUGAUUUAUCACUGUGAAAGGGAACAUACUUGACUUUAAAUGGUAUGAAUUCAGCAUGUGUGGGAGGAUGAAUUGAAAGGACUUAAAAAUGUACAUAUAUUUGUAGAUUAUUAUGAAAUUAAAGUUACUAAACUGCAUUAGAAGUUCACAUUGUAUUGUUUUUCAUGUUAUUUCACUGCUUCCAUACUUUUAACACUUAAAAUUAACAUAAUUUGGGGUUUUUUUUGCAUUGCAAGUCUAUAUGAGAGGAACCAUAUGGCAAAAAGGUUAUAAAAAUAAUUUCAAGGUAUGUAUAACAAUGCUGUACUGGUUUGGUUUUUUUCUUUUAAAAUUUGAACUGUCAGCAACAAAGGUAUCAAGCUAUUUCCUGUUUUACUUUCUCUACAGUUGCUGUUGUCAGGAAAUUGUGAUGCUAGGAAACCACAUCAGAUGAAAAAAAUCAACACUUUUUUUUAAUUUAACACACCGUUUAUUUAAAACCAGUUGAAAUGUGUAAGCUUAUCACUAGUUCAGCUCAGCUAUGCUCAUCUGCACAGAAAUGGCAAAUUUUAAUAUAUUAAAAAACUUACACUUUUCCACUAGUAAGACCAAUUCAGGCCUUAAAGAAUUUAUUUAUCAUGAAGGUUUGGUUUUAGCAUAUCUUGGUGUAGUCAAUGAAGUUUUAUUUAUGUUUACAUACUAAAUUUUGUCAGUGAGUCCCCAGUUAAAUGGUGUGUAGUGUAUGUGACAAAGUAUUACUUUUGGAAGUGUACACAAAGCAAUUAUAAACAUAAGUUAAUGACCCUACUAUAUACUGUAUUUACAACUGUUUACCCACCUCCAAAAGCUUUUAAGCUGCAUUAAUUUUUUGAUCUUCAGGGACUAGUUUUGCUCUCACAGAUCUUAAUCUCUUGUUAUUAAAUAUAUUUUAAAGAGCAAAUUGCUAGUCAUACCUACUAAAGUGCUCAAUCACCAGGAAAGUCUGCCCUUAAAUUUAGGCUUGUACCUACACUUUAAUCAUAAACUAGUUGUUGUAUUUCAGCCUGUGUACAAGGAUGAAUUGGGAAAAUCUUUGGAGGGAUGGAAUUGAACAGGACAUGUUCAGAACAUGUUCCCUUUCAACAUAUAUUAGUUCAAAGUACAGAGAAAGGGGAAAUAUUCUGAUACUUUAAUAGUUUGUUGGGGCUUUUUUCUUUUGUUUGGUUGAGGUUUGUGGUUGGGUUUUUGUUUUGUUGUUUUUUGAUUAUUUUUUUUUUUGAAGCUGUUUCAGGUGCACUGAAAAACCAGCAACAUCUGGAUAUGAACAAGAUAUCUGUACCUCUAAAUAAAGGUACCUAAGCUGCUGCUACUGACCCUGAAGAAAGGAAGGAUGCGAUGGAUAAAGGCUCUCUAACAUAUUAUUAUUCCUCCUCUGUAAAAAGCUAGCAUUAAAGAAACCACAGAUGCAGGGAUACAUGCUUAGGAGCAAAGCAGCUAAAACAAGGUCCUCCCCACUCCUUGAACUAGACCUCUAAGAAUGCACUGGUUCUGUACUGAGGAACAAGGCAGAAGACAAAGGUAAGCUAGAGAUUAUCCAAACAGUAAAUUAUAUCCUUGCUGAGUGACACUCAAAUAUAUGUUACCUAAUUAAAUGAGUUACACCUAUGGAUAAAGUCUUGAGAAUCUGUUUUAGCCUUAUUAUGUGUCACCUGAGACAGAAAAAACAUACAAAUUUUAGUCAUAAUAUUUGAAUUUUUGAAUUUCAAAACACCUUAAAAUGUGAAGAAGAAUAAAAUGGUAACCUUGAUAUGCUAGGCUAAUUUAGAAUUAUAAACUUGCUUAGCUGUAAAGGCUAAUGGCAAACCUAACACUGCAUUUUGUCAUACAUACCUGCAACAGCAUUCUCCUGAAAGGCAGUCUUUUCAGCCUUUUUUCCCCACAUUGUUGCAUUAUUCUUCAAAAAUACACGUGCAUAAACUGAGCCUUAAACUGAAAACCUGUUUUAAAUGUGUGGAUGUUCAAUGUACAGUUGAGAAUUGGAACACUAGGCCUGGCUUCCUGCUUUGCUAUAGACAGAUUCUUCCAUGCUUUUCUAAUUUCACAGAAACAGAGAACAGUCCAGAUUUUAAAGAACCCUGUAAGACCAUUUGUGAGAAAGGUGAGCCUAGAUGAGACUACCACAGCCCUGGGGAGACAAUGUGAUUUUGUAAUAAAGACUACAUGCUUGUCAUUUAAGUGAAAACUUAAA